GUGGGGGCGGAGGGGUUGCGCUGACCUGGAAGAAGAGGCGACUGAGGCAGAGAGAGAGAGGGAUUGGGUCUGGGACAGGGACACAGACAGAGACAGGCACUGUGACCGGGACCGGCGCUGCAGGAGGGGCCGGUGCUGGCUGUAAUGUUAAAGUUGCUGGUACAGAAAGGAUCGCGGUCCAUGCAGAUCAUUGCAGUGAGGAAGGAGCAUGUGCGGAGAAUUGGCCUCCUGCUUCUGAUUGUAGUGGCUCUGGUUCUGUACAGACUCAGGUUCCACUGGUUGCCACUCAUUCCAACAAAAAUGAACAGCAGAAAAGUGGGAUUGCAGGCUGAAAGGGAAUAUUUUCAGUUGGAGGGAAAGAAGCUUCUCAUCCUGGGUGGCUCGAUGCACUACUUUCGCGUUCCACGACCGUACUGGACUGAUCGCAUGUUGAAGAUGAAAGCUUUAGGCUUGAACACUUUAACAACGUAUGUACCAUGGAAUCUCCAUGAACCUCAGAGGGGAAUAUUUAAUUUCAAGGGAAAUCUUGAUCUUGAGGCGUAUCUCAGAUUGGCCGACGAUUUGGGUUUAUGGGUCAUUUUACGUCCUGGACCAUACAUCUGCUCGGAGUGGGACCUUGGUGGUUUACCCAGUUGGUUGCUGAGAGACCAGAACAUGAAACUGCGCACGACUUAUGUCGGGUUUACUGAUGCAGUCGAUGAUUUUUUUGAUAAUCUGAUUCCUAAAGUUAUCCCCUUUCAGUACAAGGAAGGAGGUCCAAUCAUUGCUGUACAAGUAGAAAAUGAAUAUGGUGGCUAUGACAAAGAUCAGAAGUACAUGAAUUUUGUUUAUGAGGCCCUGUUGCACAGAGGGAUAGUAGAAUUAUUCAUGACUUCAGACAACAAAGAUGGACUAAGUAAAGGAUCAGUCGCUGGAGCUUUACCAACUAUCAACUUUCAAAAGAUGGAUUCUGGAAUGACACUUAUGAAAGGUCUAGAACCUGGCAAACCUAAGAUGGUGAUGGAGUACUGGAGUGGCUGGUUUGAUCAUUGGGGAGGUCACCAUCACAUCUAUCAGAAAGGAAUAUUGAAUACCAUUGCGGCACUUUUAAACAAAGGGGUUUCCAUCAAUCUCUACAUGUUUCAUGGAGGAACUAACUUUGGCUUUAUGAAUGGUGCUCAGGACUUUGGCACCUAUAUUGCUGAUGUCACCAGCUAUGAUUACGACGCACCCUUGUCCGAAGCAGGAGACUACACAGAAAAAUAUAUUCAAAUUCGGGAACUUUACAGCAAGUACUUGGAUCAAGAGUUACCUGAACAACCUGCUCAAAUGUAUAAAACAAAGUACUCCGCUCUUCGUGUAAAGGAAUACAUUCCUUUGUGGGAAGUGCUCAGUCAAUUAGAAAAGCCAAUUGAAAGUGAAAGACCUAUUAAUAUGGAAAACCUGCCAAUCAACAAUGGCAGUGGACAAGCCUAUGGGUACACGUUGUAUAACACAGUAAUAAAUAGUGGAGGAUUACUUCAUUCAAUGCAGAAUGUGCGGGACAGAGCACAGGUGUUUGUUGAUGGCCAGUCAGUUGGAUUCCUGGAUUACAAAAAUGUGGAAUUGGCAAUCUCAGUUGCUACGGGUAAACGAAAUUUGAGCCUUUUGGUGGAAAAUCGUGGCAGGGUCAACUAUGGUAACAAACUUGAUGACCAGCGAAAAGGUCUCAUAGGAGAUAUCUUUCUGAAUAAAGAACCUUUGAAGGGCUUUACAAUCUACCCCUUAGAGAUGAAAACAAAUUUUAUUGAAAGUUUCUCAACUAUCCCGUUGAAUCCUAUUCCGGAAAAUCCUACCUUUCCUGCCUUUUUCUAUGGCAUAAUGCAUGUGGAUUCAUUGCCUUACGAUACCUUUGUAAAGCUUAAGGGCUGGACGAAAGGAGCAGUUUUUGUGAAUGGAAUGAAUUUAGGCCGCUAUUGGGAAAUAGGACCACAACAGACGUUAUACUUACCAGCCCCAUGGUUACAACAUGGCAGUAAUGAGAUUGUAAUUUUUGAAGAGAGCAAUGCGGGAAAAACAGUUGAGUUUUUAGACAAGCCUGACCUAGGACAAGCUCAACAUGUAUGAAGAUGAGAACAAAGAAUUUUUCUCGACCAUUCCUGAUUAACUUUUUAACAUUUUGGUGGAGAAAAGCAUUCACUUGUGCUGAUGUCUGAUCAUCACUGCAUUCAAGUAUCGAAUAAAGUCUUCAUUGAGAAGUUACCAGAAUAAACUUAUGAUCCAGUUGGUUUGAUCUAUGAUAGAAUUGUUUUAAGUUUUUAAGUGCUUGAAAUUAUACUGAUUAGGAGUGUAGAAAUACUUAAUGCACUGUUUGAAAUCUGCUUCCACACAGUUAUAGCAAAAAGAUUAACCUGUUUAAAGUAAAUGUGCUGAUAUCUCUGCUGAAUAAGCAGGCAGAAGAAUUACAAGCAAGUGUGUUAAAUGCAUCCAUGUUUUAACCUUUUCCAGGACUGAAAUGUGCAAAAUUCACCUGUUUUUGUUUAAUAUUUAACAAAAAACAAUGUCACUUCUCUUAAUUUUCUCAUCAGAGGUUAUAGUUUAAUAAUCUUGAAUGAAUUUGAAUGAAUUCUCCAUCCACUGACCUUUGUGUUUUAAAACAGUGUGAAAUAUCAAACUGGGGCCAUUGAAGUAAAAUCCUUUUUGGCUUUCUUGGGAAGCACUGUAACAAUCUCCUCCUGUGUCUUAUAGAAGCCUCUCCUCACAUUAAGUUGGUAAGCUGUUUGGGGACAGUGCCAUUAGAUCUCUUACCAGGAGACUGUUGUUGUCCUCCAGCUCUUGUCCUAGUGUCAGAAGUUUCUCUGUCUGUGAUGAUCUGUAGGGGUUGUUCAUUUUUGUUUUGAUGAUUAAUCCAGGAGGAAGCACUUAACUUAAAUGGGUGCUUUCAACUUCCUGUGGAUUCAACAAUUGCAACUUUCAUUUAAGAAAUUUGCAAUAUACAUGUAGGAGAAUAAUCAGACCGAAAUUUAAAUAAAAUAGAGUAUAUCAGGAGCAAUGACUUCACAGAAGCUGAUUGGAUAGGUGUGAGUGGAAGCUUAUUGAGUUGAACAAUGGAGGAGAAGCAUUGGAGGAGAAUAGUAUGUUCAAAGGCAGCAGGGAAGAACAUGGAACGAUAGUGUACCAAGGUCACCCUCACUAAAGAUGUCAUUGAAAUGUCCCUAAUUAAAGUCAAAAUGGCAUCCCCUAAGAUUGUGAUCAUGUACGCAAUCAUUUGCUAAGUCUAAAACUAAUUUGUGCUCUACUCAUUCCCCAUAGCUCCAUCUCCCUCCUCUCCAACUAUCUAUUCCUCCCUUAAAACUUACAUUGUUCAGUGUCUCACUUGCUUCUGAUAAAACAUUCCAUCCUCUUGGUUUUAUAUCCACCCUAUCAGACCCAGGUGCUACCCAAAUAUGUCCAACUUUGUAAGGUCCCAACACGUUUGUAUCUGCAAGUUCUGUUUGACCUUAAAAUACAGUGACAAGGGAAGGUUGUAAACUUUGCACAAUUGAAUUAAAGUUUGAGGUAAAAAAUAAAGCCCACUCACCUCC